GGCGUUCUGGCUCAGCUCUCUCUUCCCCACAACAGACCGGUACAGCGUCCGCAUCACUGCGGACGCCACCUUGAUCCCUCUCUCAAUCUUGCGCUCCCUCUUCCCUUCACUCUUAAAAUGAAUUGUAUAUCCUAAUAUCAAUUCUGCAAUGAAUUGACAAACACCAUUGUAGCCUAUGCUAGCGGUUUAGACAGAAACAAAAAUAGAGGGAAAGUGAAUGAAUGGAAAACGUACUGAAGAGAGCAAUACGUGAUCUUCAGUUAAAACAAUUCAGAUUUGUCAAAAGUCUGUCUGGCGUUUGGAUUUUAAAAAGUAAUGAAUGGUUUUAUAUCAUCGUCUUGAUAUGUCAUUGCUUUAUUUUGAAAACGUGGCGUCGGUUUCCGGUGUCACGUGCCUGACUUGACGCAAUGAAUCCACUUGUUCAAUGCAGACGUGUGACGUCAGCCAGAUUCGGUCAGCUGGCUCCUCCAUCUGAACAGCAGGGAGAGCCUCUCCCAAAGGGAGACAUCACCAUCACCGCCCGAGCCAGGCAGCAGCAUCGGCAGCCCGCUGAAGGGAACACAACAUGGAGGGAACGGUGUCAUAGAGGCGGAUCGGCAGAGUUAGAUUAUUUAUUUACUUAUUUAUUCAUUUAUUUAUUCACCCCUGCCUGUAAUGGCCGGGGUCCAUGGCUGCGGCUGCUAAGAGGCAGGUGCAGAAUCAUCGACGAAGGCAUUUCGUUUCUCAGCAUGGACUCACCCAGGGCCGAUCCACAGGCCGGCCCACCCCACAUCCAGCGCUACUCGGAUCAGAUGCUCUCUGCGGGAGGAGAGCAGUAGCUGGGCCGCGCCUGGAGGCAAUACAACGGGCUGCUGGUGGAGGAGGAGGGGGCCCUUUUUACAUCCAAAUAUCUGAGCCAGUUUUUUCAGUACCGAGCUCAAGGUUAUGCGCCGUUGCACAAAACAGCCCGUCUGCGUUCAGUGAAUCUGUGCUGCUGCAAAAUGGCUUAAGUGUUUUCUUUAUUUGAGCAAAGACUGUGAUUGUUUCCCCUUUUUUCUGCCCUGGGCGCAUCCAAACCGUGUGACAAACUCGCCUUACAAGGCCUUUAAAACAGUAAUCACAACCCCUCAUCUGGAAACAGAACCCGCUUCCAGCUGCCAAGAUGAUGGAGCUGCAGAUAGACGAGGUGGUCUAUCAGGACGACUACGGCUCUGGAUCUGUGAUGUCGGAGCGGGUCUCGGGUUUGGCCAACAGCAUCUACCGGGAGUUUGAGCGUCUGAUCCGCAGCUACGAUGAGGAGGUGGUGAAGGAGCUGAUGCCACUGGUGGUGAACGUCCUGGAGAACCUGGACGGGGUGCUGACAGAGAAUCAGGAGCACGAAGUGGAGCUGGAGCUGCUGAAGGAGGACAACGAACAGCUCAUCACCCAGUAUGAGAGGGAGAAAGCGCUGCGCAAGCAGGCUGAGGAGAAAUUCAUUGAGUUCGAGGAUGCGUUGGAGGCCGAGAAGAAGGACCUGCAGGUGCAGGUGGAGUUUCUGGAGCUGCAGGGGAAACAGCUGGAGCUCAAGACAAAGAACUACUCAGACCAGAUCACUCGGUUGGAGGAGCGAGAAUCAGACAUGAAGAAAGAGUACAACGCACUGCACCAGCGCCACACUGAGAUGAUCCAGACGUACGUCGAGCACAUAGAGCGGUCCAAAAUGCAGCAGGCGGGGAGUAACAGCCAAUCAGACGGCCCCGGCUGUGGACGAACUCAACGCCACACAUGGAGGAAAAGCAAAACGGAGCGCCCGCCGUCAUUGAGCCUGUACCCAAGCGGCGAGGGCAUGGAGGAUGGAUCAGAGUCCGACUCAGUUGCAGCCACACCAAGCAGCACUGGAAGCAAAUCCAACACCCCCACCUCCUCCGUCCCCUCCGCCGCUGUCACCCCUAUCAACGAGGGCUUCCUCCCAGAGUUUGAUCCAACGAGAGCCGGGAACCGCAGGAAAAGUUCGAAGAGACUCAGCCGGAAUAUGGAGGUCCAGGUUUCUCAGGAGACCAGGAAUGUCAGCAUCGGUAUGGGAAGCAGCGAUGAGUGGUCCGAGUUUCAGGAGAUCAUUGACUCCACCCCCGAGUUGGACAUGUGCGUGGACCCCCGAGUUUACGGAGGAGGAAACAGCCCCUCUCAGGGCAUCGUGAACGAGGCCUUCGGCAUCAACACUGACUCUCUCUAUCACGAGAUCAAAGAUGCCAAGUCGGACAUUAUCGGAGAUGUGGACGCAGGCGCCGAGCUGCUAGGCGAGUUCUCAGGGAUGGGGAAGGAGGUGGAGAACCUGCUGACGGAGAACAAACUGCUCCUAGAGACCAAAAACGCUCUGAACGUUGUGAAAAACGACCUUAUUGCCAAAGUGGACGAGCUGUCGGGGGAGCAGGAAGUGCUGAGGGAGGAGCUGGAGGCUGUGAGGCAGUCCAAGAACAAGGUGGACGCCCGAGUCAAGGAGCUGGAAGAAGAACUCAAGAGGUUACGAGCUGAGGCUCUUGGUGCUUCUCGGGACUCAAAGGAUGAAGGAGGUGAUGAUUUCUCAUCACCCAUGCAGGAUGGCGACAUGACCAUGACGCAGCGACGGCGGUUCACCCGGGUGGAGAUGGCCCGUGUGCUGAUGGAGAGGAAUCAGUACAAAGAGAGGCUGAUGGAGCUGCAGGAGGCCGUACGGUGGACAGAGAUGAUCAGAGCGUCCAGAGAGAGUCCUCCAAUCCAAGAGAAGAAGAAGUCCACCAUCUGGCAGUUCUUUGCACGUCUCUUCAGCACAUCCUCCAGCCCACCGCCCGUCAAGCGGCCGUACUACAGCGUCAACAUCCACUACAAGUCUCCUUCACCGGCCGGCUUCUCUCAGCGACGCAGCCACACCAUGUGUCAGAUCUCCACCUCCAACCGCACACUGGAGUUCUUCCCUGAAGAACUGGCGAGUAACGGUGUUGCAUCUCUCCUCAGCGACUCCGCUCUGUUGGCUCGCAGAGAGCAGCGGCGUGAACAGUACCGGCAGGUCCGCGAGCACAUGCGCCGCGAUGACGGCAUCAUGCAGGCCUGUGGGUGGAGUGUACCAUCUCGGUUUAAACAGCCUGGAGCUCCGGCGGACACCGCUCAGGACAGCCCGCUAAAGAGACAACAGCCCGCCACUGAGAAAGACGACAACCGCAUGAAGAAUGUCCCCGUUCCCGUUUACUGUCGUCCUCUGGUGGAGAAGGACCCCAACAGGAAGUUGUGGUGUGCAGCCGGGGUUGACCUGACAGGAUGGAGGGCCAGCAGUCAGGAGUCCCUGCCGAUCAAAGCACUAACAGGCAGCAGCGACCCGCUGCAUGCUGAGGAGGACAACGGGGACAAGAAGAACCACAGCUCUCCAGAGAAGAGGAAGUCGAAGGAGCUGCAGGAAACAGACACCAUGAACAGCCGAGUGUGGAUCCUCACCAGCACACACUCUGCCAGUAAGGUGGUGAUCAUCGACGCCAACCAGCCAGGCUCGCUGGUCGACCAGUUCAACGUCUGCAACGCCCACGUGCUCUGCAUCUCCAGCGUGCCAGCUGCCAGUGAGAGCGACUAUCCCGCGGGCGAGAUCGUGUUGGAUCCAGGUGAUGGAGGAGCAGGUGGAGGCGAGGACACCGGCAGCGUCGAGGGUAUGCUGGCAGGGAUCACUCUGGUCGGGUGUGCCACAAACUGCAGCGUCGCACAAAGCAACUGCUCCUCUCGUACGGACACGCCCAUCAUGGACAGAGGACAAGCUCCGACUGCUCCCCCCAUGAACGGGAAGAUCCACCCAGCUCAGUCUGCUGAGGAGGCCACAGAGGCCACCGAGGUUCCUGAGUCAACGUCUGGGCACACGGAGCACGGACCCCCAGGACCGUUUACAGAACACGUCUUCACUGACCCCCCACCUCGACCAGCAGACUCCUCUGACAGGAGCUCCGGUCAGUCCAAAGAGGAAAGUUCUCAGCCUCCAGAGUCAGAUGACGCAGGGAAUGAGACCAAGAACUUUACCAGUGUGGCCCCCACCAUGUGGCUCGGCGCCCAGAACGGAUGGCUCUACGUCCACUCAGCGGUUGGAAACUGGAAGAAGUGCCUCCACUCCAUCAAACUCAAAGACUCCGUGCUCAGCCUGGUGCAUGUUAAAGGCCGAGUGCUGGUCGCUCUCGCUGACGGGACCCUUGCCAUAUUCCACAGAGCAGAGGACGGGCAGUGGGAUUUAUCAAACUACCACCUCAUGGAUCUCGGCCGACCUCAUCACUCCAUCCGCUGCAUGGCUGUGGUCCACGAUAAGGUCUGGUGCGGCUACAAGAACAAGAUCCACGUCAUCCAGCCCAAGAGCAUGCAGAUCGAGAAGUCUUUCGAUGCCCACCCUCGCAGGGAGAGUCAGGUGCGGCAGCUAGCGUGGAUCGGUGACGGUGUGUGGGUGUCGAUUCGGUUAGACUCGACCCUGCGUUUGUAUCACGCACACACACACCAGCACCUCCAGGACGUGGACAUCGAGCCCUACGUCAGCAAAAUGUUAGGAACUGGCAAGCUGGGCUUCUCUUUUGUGAGGAUCACGGCUCUUCUGAUUGGUGGAAAUCGUCUCUGGGUAGGAACUGGAAACGGUGUGAUCAUCUCCAUCCCGCUGACAGAGACCAAUAAGGUGUCUCCCACGUCGUCUGGAGGUGUGAUCCACGUGUACGGAGAUGACGGCUCAGAGAAGAGCAGCGGCAGCUUCAUCCCGUACUGCUCCAUGGCUCAGGCUCAGCUCUGUUUCCAUGGACACCGUGAUGCCGUCAAGUUCUUCGUUUCUGUACCCGGAAAUGUUCUGGCCACCCUGAACGGCAGCGUCUUAGACAGUCCAUCAGAAGGUCAGGGCUCAACAGCGCCCCAAGAGACAGAGGCCCAGAGUGUCCAAAACGUGCUGGUGCUGAGUGGAGGAGAGGGCUACAUCGACUUCCGUAUAGGAGACGGAGAGGACGAUGAAACAGAAGAGGGGGAAAGCGCUGGUGGAGCUUCGCAGUUGAAACCUGCACUGUGCAAAGCUGAGCGGAGCCACAUCAUCGUCUGGCAGGUGUCUUACAUACCUGAGUGACACCUGGGUCCGCUUUAACUACUCCCCUUUAAUGAAAACAUCUCCCCCUCCCCCGCCCCCUGAAAGCUUCCAGCAGCCCAAACCUUGUAAUUAUCCCCGGUCAUGUAAAAGUUCCCCCUCGGCUCUAAAAACGACCCUCCAAGCCGUGUACUCGACCCCCUCCUGCCCCGUCUCCUUGUAACUUUAACGCCUUGUAAGUACCUCCUCUGAUCUAUAAUCUGCCUGCCAUGAUGUUUGUCCCUCCCAGGGCAUUGUAACUAUCUCCAUGAGCCUUGUAACCCAGCCUCAUAACUACCUCCCUCCUCUGUAUCAAUCUUAUAUUCACCCCGUAAGCACACUGUAUCUCCUCCUAUAUUUACCUCAAAUGUCCUGCAUCUGCCCUCCUACUCCUCCUCCCUCUCUUCCUCCACUUAGUUUGUCAUCUGUGAAACCUCCACCUCGUCUUAAAGCGAAGCCCAGAGCUCCAACAUGCAUCGACUUAACCAAAAAACAACACAAAACAAAGCCAGAAGCAGCUACAGAGAGGUGAAUGCCAACACUGACUUUUAUUUCCAGCAACAAUCAGUCAGACUUUUCUGACAACAGCCAAUCAGGAAACAUUCACACCAAAAUCUGACCAUGUAUGAGAGACUGGAUGCAGAUGUGAGGCGUGGUAGAGGUCUUGUUUUUUGGAUGUAAAGAAGUUUUGGUUUGUUCAAAAUUGGAGGUUAAUUGGAACAAAUGGAAGUUCAUCUUUAUGACAUUCAGUAAUGCUCUCUUGGCUUUUUUGGCUGUUUCCUGAAACAUUUUCCAGCCAAUCUGCUCAUUUUCUACCCUGAUUAUAGAACCCCUCAUGGAAAUAAUGACUCAGCGGGCAUUAACAGACCCUUUAUGUUCCUGGUGCAGCUGUCUGAUGUAGAUGUCAGAGAAGUGGUGUGAACAGGGUUGUUAUUUAAUUCAGUCACAGGGGGUGAGCGUGUCGUGUUGAGGGUUCAGUCUGAGUUUCGUCUCUCUCCUCUGACUGGCUGUGGAUCAGACGGUUCGGUGUGAAGCAGGUGAUCGGUGACACGUCAUCGUUAUGUGUAACAGGGAUUAUUGUAAAUCUCCAGACACACUGAAGCCCAUCCUCUCUGUUCAGUAUGGAUUCAUGCAUCGAUCUCUAUCUGUGUGGAUUAAAUAUUAAACAUAUUUGUGUGCUGAAAACCGAA